AUGCUAAACCGGGUGCGCUCGGCCGUGGCGCACCUGGUGAGCUCCGGGGGCGCCCCGCCUCCGCGCCCCAAGUCGCCGGACCUACCCAACGCGACCUCCGCGCUGCCCGCCGCCCCUCCAGAAAAGCCCAGGAGCCCUCCGGCAAGGAGUAGGGGCGGGAGCGCGGCGCCCGCGAAGACAGUAGAGGCUCGAGCGAGCUUCUCCAGACCGACCUUUCUGCAGCUGAGCCCAGGGGGGCUGCGACGCGCCGACGACCACGCUGGCCGGGCCGUGCAAAGCCCUCCGGACACUGGCCGUCGCCUGCCCUGGAGCACAGGCUACGCCGAGGUCAUCAACGCUGGCAAGAGCCGGCACAAUGAGGACCAGGCUUGCUGUGAAGUGGUGUAUGUGGAAGGUCGGAGGAGUGUUUCCGGGGCACCGAGGGAGCCUAGCCGAGGACAGGGACUCUGCUUCUACUACUGGGGCCUGUUUGAUGGGCAUGCAGGGGGCGGAGCUGCUGAAAUGGCCUCCCGGCUUCUGCAUCGCCACAUUCGGGAGCAGCUAAAGGACCUGGUAGAGAUACUCCAGGACCCCUCGCCACCUCCGCUCUGCCUCCCGUCCACCCCAGGGGCCCCCAUUUCCUCUGAUUCCUCUCACUUGGUUGGUCCUCAGUCCUGCUGGUCUUCGCAGAAGGAAGUGACCCAUGAAAGCCUGGUAGUAGGAGCCAUUGAGAAUGCCUUCCAGCUCAUGGAUGAGCAGAUGGCCCGGGAGCGGCGUGGCCACCAAGUGGAGGGGGGCUGCUGUGCACUGGUUGUGGUCUACUUGCUAGGCAAAGUGUAUGUGGCCAAUGCAGGUGACAGCAGAGCCAUCAUUGUCCGGAAUGGUGAAAUCAUCCCAAUGUCCCGGGAGUUCACCCCGGAGACUGAGCGCCAGCGUCUUCAGCUGCUUGGCUUCCUGAAACCAGAGCUGCUGGGUGGUGAAUUCACCCACCUUGAGUUUCCCCGCAGAGUUCAGCCCAAGGAGCUGGGGCAGAGGAUGCUGUACAGGGACCAGAACAUGACCGGCUGGGCCUACAAAAAGAUCGAGCUGGAGGAUCUCAGGUUUCCUCUGGUCUGUGGGGAGGGCAAAAAGGCUCGAGUGAUGGCCACCAUCGGGGUGACCCGGGGCUUGGGAGACCACAACCUCAAGGUCUGCAGUUCCACCCUGCCCAUCAAGCCCUUCCUCUCCUGCUUCCCUGAGGUGCGAGUGUAUGACCUGACGCAGUAUGAGCAUUGCCCAGACGACGUGCUAGUCCUGGGAACAGAUGGACUGUGGGAUGUCACUAGUGACUGUGAGGUAGCCACCACGGUGGACAAGGUCCUGUCAGCCUAUGAGCCCAAUGACCCCAGCAGGUACACAGCUCUGGCCCAAGCUCUGGUCCUGGGGGCCCGGGGCACCCCCCGGGAUCGUGGCUGGCGUCUCCCCAACAACAAGCUGGGUUCCGGGGAUGACAUCUCGGUCUUCGUCAUCCCCCUGGGAGGGCCAGGCAGUUACUCCUGAGGGGCUCAGCCCUGACCCUCCUAUCACCGUGCCAGCCUCUCCAUGUUUACCCCUCUUCCAGCGCAAAUUCUGAAGUUGUCUCCCUGACCUUCUUUAGCGGCAAAUUAACUGAAGAAGGGGUGUCAGUUAGAUCCAAAAUUAUAGCUAUUGGUAAAUAAA